AUGACAAUUACACGCCAGAACUCCCCACUGACGCCUCGGCCACUCUUCUUAUACGGGACGCUACGCGCAAUACCUCUACUGGCCUGGGCACUAACAGGAGACUCUCGGAAAACCGACGUCGUGACACCUCUCGUCAAGCCUGCAGAACUCAAAGGCUAUGCCCGCUUCUCUCUGUUUGGUAAAGAUUAUCCCGCCUUAAUAAAGCACAACGAAACAUCGGACAAGUCCCAGCGGAGAAAGCUGGACGAUUUCGAAGGCGAGGCAUAUAUAGUGACGCCAGUCCAGGUGUCUGUCGAGGGUCAGAUGGUGGACGCGGACAUUUACUUGUGGAACGGCGAGCCUGACGCGGUUUCGACGGACUGUUGGGACCUGGACACGUUCAUUCGGGAGCGUCUGGAUGAUUGGAUUGAGCUCUUCGCAGGCAUGGAGUUAGUGGGAGAUGAUGAGGAUGCAUAA